AUGGCUUCGCUCCGAUCCCGUGCCCUCCCUCUCUCAGUCCGAGCUCUCCGCUCAAACCUCUGCUCAACAAGACCCUCAUCAAACUACUUCCUAACCACGCCCGCAUCCACCUCAUCAAACCUAACAUUCCCAAACCGCAUGCACUCAACAUCUUCAGUCUCCGCCGAUGAACUCUCCCACUUUGCAACCCUCGCCAGCUCCUGGUGGGACCCAAUGGGCCCCUCCAGAAUCCUGCAUCUAAUGAACCCCCUCCGCCACGAAUUCAUCGCCUCCUGCCUAGCAGAAGGAACCUCAAGUCCAACCGCAUCCACCCCCUCCACCCCCUCCACCGCAACCCUCAACUACCUCGACGUAGGCUGCGGCGGCGGCAUCUUCGCCGAGUCUCUCGCACGCACAAUCCCCCUCGACCCAACAUCCCCAGCCCCAACCCCAACCCUCGCCGCCUCAAUGACCGCAAUCGACCCUUCAACAGAUCUAAUCCAAAUGGCGCGCGAGCACGCGCGCAUGGAUCCAACUGUCGACACGCACCUACGCACAGGCCAUUUCAAGUACCUCAACACCACGCUGGAGGAUGUACUUGCCGGCAAUGCUCCGAUUUCGACUUCCGCUCCAAACCCACCAAAUUCCAGCUCUCCCUCAACUCAAGUCACUCCCCCACAAUACGACGUCGUAACCCUCUUCGAGGUCCUUGAACACAUCGACCCGAAAACCUCAACACCGCUAAGCUUUUUGACAAACUGCCUUCGUGCACUCAAGCCCGGUGGUUGGCUAAUUGGAUCUACUAUUUCUCGGACAUUGCCGUCGUUCAUUUUGAACCAGGUUAUUGCUGAAGCGCCGUGGCCAAUUGGUGUUGUGCCGCGCGGGACACAUGAGUGGAGUAAGUUUGUUAACCCGGAUGAGGUUAAGGGGUGGUUGCAGGAGGCGUUGAUGAGGGCUGCUGAUACGGGUGUUUCGAGGGGUGGGAGUGCGGUUGCGGAGGGGAUGAGGUGGAAGUGUGUGGGUGCUAUUUAUAUUCCUGGUAUUGGGUGGAAAAUGGUACCUGGGAGUGAGGAUUGGGGGAAUUAUUUCUGGGCUGUUAGGAAGGAGGCUUAG